AUGAGGAAGAAGCCGAGAUUCCACUCGCUCAAGAAGCUGAAAAUCCGCCAGGACAUGUCGCGCUGGACGCUGUACAGCCUCGCGCAGCUGCGCCCGCCCAACGUCGCCACGCGCACCUUCUUCCAGCAGAAAUGGACCGCCAAGGCCGACACGCGCGCCUACCACGGCGAGCAGAUACGCGAGAAGAAGUGGGCGCGCCUGUUCAAGCGCUCGCUGCCCGCCGUCGUGCCCAUGGACCACCGCUACCUCGCCCGCCACGACGGCAGCGAGCAGGCCGCCGGGCGCGGCCAGGGCGCCGACAGCGACAAGAAGGCCCGCGCCCCGCCCAUGACGCCCUACAUGCAGAUGGCCUACCACCCCAUCGAGCGCCGCCUCGACACGGCCGUCUUCCGCGCCCUCUUCGCCAGCAGCGUGCGCCAGGCCCGCCAGUUCUGCGUCCACGGCCUGGUCCGCGUCAACGGCAAGAAGAUGCCCUUCCCCGGCUACAUGCUCAACCCGGGCGACAUGUUCCAGGUCGAGCCCGGCUCCGUCAUGUUCGCCACGGGCGCCCGCAAGGACCGCUCCUCCACCGCCCGCCGCGUCGCCAAGGAAAAGGCCGCCGCCCGCGCCGCCGCCCGUGCCGAAGCCGCCGCCCACACCCCCCGCCAGCCCCCCGCCGACGCCGUCGUGCCCUCGAAGCGCGACGAGCCCACCCCCGCCGAGCUGAAGGCCCACCUGCAGACCAUCAUGGCCGACGUCGACGGCGUUCUCGCCGAAGACGUCGGCGCAAAGGACAAGCAGAAGUUCCGCGCCUUCCGCCAGACCGUCAAGCGCGCCAUCGGCCUGUGGCGCUCCGCCUCGCCCGAGUCCAUCUCCACCCUCGACGCCCAGUUCGACUUCCUCAAGACGCAGCUCGCCGCCCGCUCCGCCCCGCCCCCCGCCGCCGCCACCCCCGACCCCGCCGAGGAGCCCCUCUUCAGCGACGCCGACCAGGCCAAGCUGCGCCAGGCCUUUGACAAGCUGCGUCUCGAGACCGAGCACACCUCGGCCUGGAACCGCCGCAACGCCGCCGCCCCCUACGCCACCCCCUGGCGCCCGCGCGACUACAUGAGCGCCUUUGCCUUCAUCCCCCGCUACCUCGAGGUCAACCAGAACAUCUGCGCCGCCGUCUAUCUGCGGCAUCCCGUCGCCCGACCAGGCCUCGCCGAGGUCCCCACCCCCUUCCCCAUCGAGACCGGCCAGCUGGCCUUCAACUGGUACCUGCGGCGGAGGUAG